AUGGGGCGGGUGAUGCAAAUCGCAGCCUUCUCGUUAGCGGAGGUCAGCUACGCAGUUGGCGGAGAUAUCGGUUACCAGAUCCAAGAGUCGGCAAAGCAGGCCCGGUUCCGCGUGCGGGCCAAACAGGAGAAUGUCUCCGGUGUUUUCCUGCCCCAUUUUGAGAGCUACACGGAGGACAGUAUCAACGACUUUGGAUUGACUGGUCUUGGAAAGGGAGGUCAGCAGGUCCAGCGUUGUCGGGAGACGUAUGCUAGAGCCGUGGAAACCUUGGUGGAGCUGGCAAGUCUACAGACUGCGUUUGUUAUCCUCGAUGAGGUUAUCAAGGUCGUCAACCGAAGAGGUAAACUGAGACCCGUUUCACUAGUUGCUUUCCACUAA